CAAAUUGACCCGAGUUUCUUACUGUGGGAAAGGAAGCGGAGGUGGUCUAUCUUGAUGACGCUAGACCCCAUCCCGGUCUCGCACUCAAACUGCUGCCCGGUUCAUCCGCUAACGCGCAUCUGUCAGCGCAGUCACUGCUCGCUUUUAAGACCAACACAUGAGACGAGUCUAUUACCGACAGAAUGUGGCGGGAUGUCAAGUUUUUCCGAUAGUUUACAAACUCAUGUUUUCUGCAUUGUUUCACCCGUGGUCUAAGACUGGCAUCAAGUUCAGGGUUGGUAACAGGUGUCUGGAGAGGAGCCUGGCUGUCUGGACAACAUGGAGCUGCUGCAGCAGGGGAGGACAGGAGAGACAGUCAUCAGUCAGGACAGGGUCAAGGGACAGGAGGUGGCCAAGUGCCCCCUGGACCUCCCAGAGUACCAGACCACACAGCCACAGCCACAGCCACAGCCACUACCCAAUGUUCUUACCCAACAGCCACUGUCUAAUGGGACAGCCGGGGAACACAAAGCAGAGCUCCCAGGGCCCUCUGUAAGGUCUGCCAGAGCUGAUGGUGAAGAUAGUGAUGAUUCUAUGACAGAUCUCAACACAACUGACGACGCGUCACAUCUCCUACCAAACAGUAUACCAUCAAACCCAUACCAUCUCCCGAGAGAGCUUCCCAGCGGGGUCCCUGUGUCGUCCAGUCCGAAAACUUCCCCCAAGACCCUGAUCAACGGAGCCUCCCCCUCCCCCGUCUGUACCCCUCCAUCUGCCUCUCUUAACCAGAGAGGAUGGAGCCCACCUCAGUCCCCUCAGUCCCCAGCCUGUGACAGACACCAUGGGCACCCUAUUAAAAAACAACACCUGCCGUCCACCACAAGGAGCCAGAACUCAUUGAAAGCUGACGCCACUCAGAUAAAGGAAAUAGCUGGAGAUGACUGCUGUGUACACUGUGUCCUGGCCUGUCUGUUCUGUGAGGUGCUGUCCCUGUGCUCGGUGCUGGCCCAGUGUCUGGCGUGCGGAGAGGGCUGUGAGGUGCUGUGUUGCUGUGGGGAGGGGGCUGCCGGCGGUUUGGCCUGUGGGGAGGACGCCUGCUCUGCCCUGUUGGAUUGUGGGAUACUAGAGGACUGCUGCGAGUCUUCAGACUGUCUGGAGAUCUGUCUGGAGGGUUGUUCUAUCUGCUUCCCUGUGUAGAAGAAGAAGAAGAAUGGAGGAAGAAGAAGAAGAAGAAGAAUGGAGGAAGAGGAAGAAGAAGAAUGGAGGAAGAGGAAGAAGAAGAAUGGAGGAAGAGGAAGAAGAAGAAUGGAGGAAGAAGAAGAUUGAAACAUUUGACAGAAAGACAGGUGGAGUGGCUCUGUGUUCGGGCCUCCUAAACGGACUGAGCUGUAAUAGACGGGACAAAUGACCACCAUGUUGAACGCUUUUCAUUACCCCCCCCCCCCCCCCCCCCCUCCGUCAGAUGUCUCUGUUCUACACCAACAUUCAUUAAACUUUGGCUUUUGGGUUUAUUUAAUAUCAGUGUUUAUUUUGCAAAGCCAUUAAGCCACAGCACAGGUUGAGGAUGAGAUGUUGUACUGAGCAGUCUGACCAGUCAGGUUGAGGAUGAGAUGUUGUACUGAGCAGUCUGACUUGUCAGGUUGAGGAUGAGAUGUUGUACUGAGCAGUCUGACUUGUCAGGUUGAGGAUGAGAUGUUGUACUGAGCAGUCUGACUUGUCAGGUUGAGGAUGAGAUGUUGUACUGAGCAGUCUAACCAGUCAGGUUGAGGAUGAGAUGUUGUACUGAGCAGUCUGACCAGUCAGGUUGAGGAUGAGAUGUUGUACUGAGCAGUCUGACCAGUCAGGUUGAGGAUGAGAUGUUGUACUGAGCAGUCUGACCAGUCAGGUUGAGGAUGAGAUGUUGUACUGAGCAGUCUGACCAGUCAGGUUGAGGAUGAGAUGUUGUACUGAGCAGUCUGACCAGUCAGGUUGAGGAUGAGAUGUUGUACUGAGCAGUCUGACCAGUCAGGUUGAGGAUGAGAUGUUGUACUGAGCAGUCUGACUUGUCAGGUUGAGGAUGAGAUGUUGUACUGAGCAGUCUGACUUGUCAGGUUGAGGAUGAGAUGUUGUACUGAGCAGUCUAACCAGUCAGGUUGAGGAUGAGAUGUUGUACUGAGCAGUCUGACCAGUCAGGUUGAGGAUGAGAUGUUGUACUGAGCAGUCUGACCAGUCAGGUUGAGGAUGAGAUGUUGUACUGAGCAGUCUGACCAGUCAGGUUGAGGAUGAGAUGUUGUACUGAGCAGUCUGACCAGUCAGGUUGAGGAUGAGAUGUUGUACUGAGCAGUCUGACCAGUCAGGUUGAGGAUGAGAUGUUGUACUGAGCAGUCUGAGGUUGAGGAUGAGAUGUUGUACUGAGCAGUAUGACCAAAAAUGGAAAAAUCAAUCGUAAAAUUGAAUUAAUUCUCAAAAAUAGAUUUUUUUUUUAAAUAUCAAGCUAGGACUAAGGGAAGAAUACUAUAAAAGCUGAAGAAGGCGUGACAAGUCGACGUCGAGGAAGUAAUGGGAUGACUGUAGAUCAUGACAGUUAACAGAUGGAGCAGCAUCGUUAGAGCCAGUUGGCUUACAGCAGGAAAAGAAUCCUGCAGCAACAGGAAAUGGGAAUUAUUGUUCUGGAUUAUAAUUAAUGGACAUAUUUUUUGUAGGGGUUGAUACAGUAUUCAUAAGGGAAAAUCUAGUCUGUAAUUUCAUAGUGGAAAUUAUUUAUUAAAUUACCAUAUUUAGAAGCUUUUUUUUUAUUAUCUCAAAUACGGCGUCUGUAUUUUUUUAAUCUUUUUUUACAAUAUGAGAUUUAACAUUGGUUUAUAAGAUAUGCUGUUACAAUAUGAGAUUUAACAUUGGUUUAUAAGAUAUGCUGUUACAAUAUGAGAUUUAACAUUGGUUUAUAAGAUAUGCUAUUACAAUAUGAGAUUUAACAUUGGUUUAUAAGAUAUGCUGUUACAAUAUGAGAUUUAACAUUGGUUUAUAAGAUAUGCUGUUACAAUAUGAGAUUUAACAUUGGUUUAUAAGAUAUGCUGUUACAAUAUGAGAUUUAACAUUGGUUUAUAAGACCACUUGCCCCUGUCUGGACGAGUACACACUAUACAUCAUCUAUGUGAAAAUUAAGCUGUUUCAUUUUGUAUUGAUGAGAUCUUUCAACAAUCAAUAUGCAAUUCUGAAAACAUAUCUACAUAGACAACAUGUUGUAAGACAAGAUGAUUAGAAAAGUAGGUGAAACAUGGAGUUUUAAGCCUCUACUAAACCUUCUCCUCUCCUUGUCCUAAAACAGUCACUUCUGAAAUAUCACUGGUUUCCUGUCAUUAACUGGCAGGAAAUCUGUUUCGUAUCUGGAUGUUAAGUAUACAGUAUCUAGUCUGGAUGCUAAGUAUACAGUAUCUAGUCUGGAUGCUAAGUAUACAGUAUCUAGUCUGGAUGCUAAGUAUACAGUAUCUAGUCUGGAUGCUAAGUAUACAGUAUCUAGUCUGGAUGUUAAGUAUACAGUAUCUAGUCUGGAUGCUAAGUAUACAGUAUCUAGUCUGGAUGCUAAGUAUACAGUAUCUAGUCUGGAUGCUAAGUAUACAGUAUCUAGUCUGGAUGUUAAGUAUACAGUAUCUAGUCUGGAUGCUAAGUAUACAGUAUCUAGUCUGGAUGUUAAGUAUACAGUAUCUAGUCUGGAUGCUAAGUAUACAGUAUCUAGUCUGGAUGCUAAGUAUACAGUAUCUAGUCUGGAUGCUAAGUAUACAGUAUCUAGUCUGGAUGUUAAGUAUACAGUAUCUAGUCUGGAUGCUAAGUAUACAGUAUCUAGUCUGGAUGCUAAGUAUACAGUAUCUAGUCUGGAUGCUAAGUAUACAGUAUCUAGUCUGGAUGUUAAGUAUACAGUAUCUAGUCUGGAUGCUAAGUAUACAGUAUCUAGUCUGGAUGUUAAGUAUACAGUAUCUAGUCUGGAUGUUAAGUAUACAAUAUUAUUACUGCUAUUACAGUGAAAUAAUGCCAUGUGAUUGUUUGAGGAGAGUGCACAGUUAUGAACUUGAAAAUGUGUCAAUAAACCAAUUAGGCACUUUU